AUGGCCAUUCGUCUCAACGGGUGGCUCAGCGACAAGUUCGAAGCGCAGCUUUUGCUAGGCAACAAUUGGCUGCAGAACAAGAACAGCGCAAAGGCUGCUGGCAUCAAAAGCGAAUAUUCCUCUGCUCGUGGCUGGCGCGGCCUAUAUCACGACAACGGCUCGUGCUUGGACAUCACCCACUUUUUCCCUCCUGACACGGGCAGUAAAAGUGCCCUGCAGGUGCUGCAACCCAAUCCCCUUAUCCUCACCGAUGGGAAAACAAGAGUAAACGCCCAUCUCGACUCUGCUUGCAUCCGCGCCUUCUUGCACCGAUUCCCUCACCUCUCGCAUCUGCCAGCGCAAGCGGUACUGCUUGUACGCAGCUACACGAUCCGCUACACCUCCUACGGGCCACCCCGCCAUCGCCUACGCCUCAUCCUGCACACCGUCGAUUGGAUCGCCAUCAGCAACGAGCCAGUACGGGCUGCUGUAUCUGUACCUUUAGAGCAGGUGAACGACGUCAGCGCGGUAUUACAACAGCUGAAUAGUACGCGUGCAGCCGAAGAUUGCCGGUGUUUGCGACCUAGCAGACACACUGCUAUUGGAGCAAGACCCCGGGACGGUGAUCCGGGCCAAGGAGAAGAAGGAGAAAAAGACAACCAAGGCGACCAAGACGAAGAAGAAGGGAUCAUGGCGCCCACAGUGGAUGAAGGCGCAACAUCGUCGCAGUCUCAGCAGUCAUACACGCAGGCACACUUUGCAACCCAAACGACGCCUGCCAUGCGAGCUGGUACCAGUGGGCACGAGCUACGGAUGCUGGGGGUCAAUAGAAUGGAUCCUGUAAUAGUCGGCAACACGCGCCAAGAAGACCUGCCGCCAACGUCAGCGCAUGUAAACUGUCACAAGUUACUGGAUAUGUUGAGGAAAACGGGCAUUAUACAGCCUCCUAGCCCAGAUGAGAAGGGGAGCUUUCAGCAGCCUAAGAGCAUCUCCACCCAGGCUAGCCCACUGACGCCGUCGCGUACUUUGGACACCAAAACGCAACGACAAACGCCUUCUGUGCGCAAUGAUCGGACUCGUAGACGGAAGUCACCUAAACGAACUCACUCGCAGAGGCAUGCGACGGAAACUGAGGCCCGCUCGCCCAUAACUGCCGAUUCUCCCAAAGGAACAUGGGUCGCGGAAGAAGCGGGCAAUUGGAAAGAGCCCAGCGAGACGAGUAUGGAGUGUCCUUGGAUGAAGGGCUUCGUGUUCAACAGUCACUCUGUAGUCCCCGAUGCAUACCAGAUGAAGGUCUUAAACAGAUCCGAGAGUUGGUACAAGACUCAGCCGGGAAUAAUGCCCUUUCAAAAGAACAAUAUGCCCAUGAGACAUUUCAGGAUGAUCCGUGCUCUCGCCGAAGAAAAUGCUGCUGCGCAAGGGCAAACUCAAUCGGACGAGGAAAUCGACGAUUCUUCACCCGACUCUGAUUCCGAAGGAGCUGCUGUUGUUUCAUCGCCAGAAUCUCUCCCCAAGACAUCUCUUGAUGAUAUGCCUGGGACCAGCCAAAUAUCAUGGUCUGCGUCCUCGACUCCUGAACCCCCACAAAUCCCGGCAAGUAUCAAGCCUGGUUUGCCUCCGGAUUCCAGUCUGGAGAUGGGAGAGUCUGCGGAAAGCGCGAAGAAUGCGCGGAUUUUAUCCUCUCCUGCCAUCAGUCUCGUAGCAGAAAAAAGUACUAGUGCUCCGCCAUCAUCACCCCCAGCGAUGGAGAUCCCAGCAGACUCGGAUGACGAAAUGGAGAUGGAAACCUCAGUCCCGCAAGCCUUGAAUGAGACCAGGACUGUACAUGUGGCAUCAUCUCGCAGGGGCCUCGUCAGCUCGCAAUCCCCACGAUCAAAGCUAGUGGUACAGGUGCAGGAGACACCGCAUGCCAGGAGCAAGCAAAUACAUGUUUCGCCAGAAGGCAAAGAGUAUGUCUCGACGGAAGAGACAAAGAACUCAUCAUCAAUGUCAAUUGUCUUUGACACACACGACGAAUCCGUCUCGACUGCUUCUGCAAAAUACAAGCGUGAUCAGAUUAUGACGACAAGUGAUGCGAUUGGCAGGCCAAAAGAACUUGAUUCUAGCCCUAGCGAAGAGCCAGGCCACGCAGACAGAGCUGAGCCGGCACGACAGUCAAGCCUGAGCACUGAAGGAGAGAUUGUAAUGAUAGAGUCAUCGCCCCGUACAGAAGCACAGAUGGACGCGGUCGACGGAGGCAGCAUUUCAGGGCAUACGGCUGAAGUCCCGGAUUGUCCGAGUCGCAUGUCAGUAUCAGGAUCUACCAAACGCAAGCUGGCCGAAUCUCCUACCAAAUCCAGUAGACGAAAUUCCAAACGGCGCGAGAUCAAACUUGUUGGCUUCGGGAACUACUCACCACCCUCCACUGAUCCCGCUUUGGCCCUGCGCAAGGACCGCGCGGACUCACUUCAACGAUUUCGAGAGACCCGAAAGUCGAGUACGAGUUAUGAGAGCCGGGCAGGUAGCCUGGCCAAUCCUGACGCUGACUCAGAGGCAAUGGACGUGGAUGCUUCAGGCAUGGCUCUGAGCAAAUCGAAUUUUCGUACCAUGUCGCCUCGUCACCAGAGCCUAUACGACGAGCCUAGUCCCCUUAGGCCACUGCCAAAAGCAGACCAGGCACCUGUGAAGUCUUCUCAUCCUUCACGUGAAGUUGCGCAGUCUCACACGCCGACUACGGGUGGUUCAUUACGUCGGAGUGUGCAAUCUAAGUGUACGAAUGUUGAUGGGCAAGUAACUAUGGUAUCUGAACCCUCUACAAUAUUUGAAAAAUUCCGGGCAGCGUACCCGGAGUAUGCAGGCAACGAGAAACACUUCAAAGGACAAUGCCUGCAAAUGUAUCAACUUGACCAAGAGGACAAGAUGGUGCCCAAGUGGCAAUGGGACGACUUCAUCAUUCGUCAUAGGGCCGACUAUCGCCAGUAUUUAUUGGAAUGUGUGGACAAUGGGGAGGAGCCCGAGCCAUACUAUCGCUUCUACAAGGAUACUAUUCGCGACACCUUAUACAGGAAAUGUAUCGUUGAUAGUAGAAAGAAUCUGUUCAAAGCACUGGAGGAGCUGGGGGCUGAGCCUCCUGCGUCCCAUGCUAAGGAACCACGACAAGACAAAUCAUCGCGGGCGUCGCUACCAAGUGCUUCUACCCACCACAUACGUACACCACAACUGCCUGAAGCACCGCGUCAACGUCCCCGUCAUUCCCUCCCUGUGAUUGCUCACAUCGUUCCACGUACAUCUAUGCCCUCUCUCCACACACCUGCAUUCCGGACCCCACCCGCCCCGGCAUCAGCGCGCAAACCCACCUCGAACCCACCCUCCUCAGAAUCUCCAGUAUCCAAGUCCGACAACCUACUCUCCAGCCUCAGUCGUGCUCCUACACCGAGUAGCUCACGCACUCCAGAGAGCAGCGGCGAUCCCUUCCGCGACUACUUUUUUGCCGUCCAGCGAGUAAAAUCUCUCACAGGGAGCGACACAGUCGAUCGAAAUAAACCGUGGCCGCAGAGUCUGGAAGGCAGGCCGACAGUUGCAGAUGCGCCGAAGCAGAAGGUUGAUGUUUUGACCUGGGGUGAUGUCCUUUGA